GCCCGGCGUCCCACGUGACAUGGUCUCCGGCCGCCGUCCGUCACGUGCGCAAGGAGAGGCGGUUCUCGGCGGCCCGGUCACCUGAUCCCUGCCCGGUCCAGCUCCGGUCGCCAAGAUGGCUGCUUACCUGCAGUGGCGCCGCUUCGUGUUCUUUGACAGGGAGACGGUGAAGGAGCCGGCCGGGCCCGACGGGGGCGGAGCCGGCGGAGCGAAGCCCUUCGCCCUUCCGCCGGGCAUCACCGUCUGCGACUCGGGCAGAGGCAGCCUGGUUUUUGGGGAUAUGGAAGGUCAGAUCUGGUUCUUGCCACGCUCCCUUCAGCUGAGCAGUUUCCAGGCUUACAAGCUGAGGGUGACUCACCUGUACCAGCUGAAGCAGCACAGCAUCUUGGCUUCUGUUGGUGAAGAUGAAGAAGGCAUUAACCCGCUGGUUAAAGUCUGGAACUUAGAGAAACGAGAUGGUGGGAAUCCUCUUUGCACAAGGAUUUUCCCAGCAAUACCGGGUAACAAACCUACAGUUGUGUCCUGCAUAACUGUCCAUGAGACUCUUAACUUCAUGGCUAUCGGCUUUGCAGAUGGAAGCGUUGUGCUUACAAAAGGGGACAUCACACGAGACCGACACAGUAAGACCCAGAUCUUACAUGAAGGCAAUUACCCAGUCACUGGCCUUGCCUUCCGCCAGUCUGGGAAAAUCACCCACCUUUUUGUUGUCACCACGGAGAACAUCCAGACCUAUAUGCUGUCGGUGAAAGAUUAUCCUCGUCUGGAGCUGGACACGCAUGGUUGCGGUUUACGCUGCUCCACGCUCAGCGACCCCUCCCAGGACCUCCAGUUCAUUGUGGCAGGAAACGAAUGUGUGUAUCUGUACCAGCCAGAUGAGCGUGGCCCCUGCUUUGCCUUUGAGGGACAGAAGUUGAUCGUUCACUGGUAUCGGGGAUACCUCGUCAUCGUUUCCAAGGACCGGAAGAGCUCUCCAAAAUCAGAGUUUGCUGGGAGCGACCCGCAGAACUCCGACAAGCAAAUCUUGAAUGUCUACGACCUAUGUAACAAGUUCAUCGCGUACAGCUCGGUCUUCGAUGACGUGGUGGAUGUCUUAGCAGAGUGGGGGUCUCUCUACGUGCUGACUAGAGAUGGGAAGAUCCAUGCGCUUCAGGAGAGGGAUACGCAGACCAAACUUGAGGCAUUGGGGUUGGAAAAGUCCAUAGCAAUGGAGAACAAGACACUGAGGAGCACUCAGGAUGAAAAUGGCCUGAAAAACAGAGUUAUCCGAGUGGGCACCAGGAAGAGUCAGCUGGCCCGGAUUCAGACAGACAGUGUAGUGGAAAUGCUUCGCAAGCGAUACCUCAGCCUUCAUUUUGAGAUUGUUGCCAUGUCAACAACUGGAGACAAGAUCCUGGACACGGCUCUUUCCAAGAUUGGAGAGAAGAGCCUCUUUACCAAGGAGUUGGAAAAUGCACUGGAAAGAAAUGAAGUUGACCUGGUUGUUCACUCCUUGAAGGACCUGCCAACUUCGCUCCCGCCUGGCUUCACCAUUGGGGCCAUCUGCAAAAGGGAAAAUCCCCAUGAUGCUGUCGUUUUUCAUCCCAAGAACUAUGGGAAAACCCUCAACAGCCUUCCUGAAAAGAGCGUGAUUGGAACCAGUUCACUUCGGCGAGCAGCUCAGCUCAAACGGCGGUUCCCUCAGCUGGAAUUUAGGGAUAUUAGAGGAAAUUUAAACACCCGCUUGAAAAAGCUGGAUGAAAAGGACAACUUCAGUGCCAUAAUUCUGGCUGCUGCUGGACUGAGGAGGAUGGGCUGGGAGAAUCGUAUUGGUCAGAUAUUAAACCCUGAAGAUUGCCUUUAUGCUGUUGGGCAGGGUGCCUUAGCAGUAGAGGUCCGAGCUAGAGACGAAGAGAUAUUGGAUAUGGUAUCCGCCUUGCAUGAUGCAGAAACGGUGCUGUGCUGCAUUGCCGAGAGAGCCUUUAUGAGACACUUGGAGGGUGGAUGUAGCGUUCCUGUAGCAGUCAGUACCAUGCUGAAAGACUCCCAGAUCUUAAGGAGCACCCUGUGACCCAGUGGUAUAGGCGGAAAGGCAUACAGGAGACAACAUCCCCUGUGGAGGAGGAACAUGUCCGCUCUGGAGCCUGGGCUGUGGUUCUGGAAGAAGCAGAACUGCUGGUACUUCCUGUUGUGUUGCAUGAAGAAUAGGUCUAUCUGGGGAAUGCCCCAACUCUGCCCUGGAGAUCAAUCUCCCUUCCUCAACCAAAGCUGAGAAUUCAGCUCAGGAGUCCAAGGGAGGUAACUCUAAACUUAGCCGUCAUUGAGCAAGUAUUGUAGGCGUACCUGCUGACAAUGGCCUGUUGGUUGGAAAUGUGGAGUUGCAGUCCCCCUGUGGCGUAAAUCUUCUGGCUGAAUGGGUCAGAUUUUUGCAUCCCUAUUCUUGGGGGAAGGGCCCUGGAAACUCUGCCUCUCUUGCUGGUUAGCAGCGUCCACCACCAGAGUCAGGUUGUGAGUGAGUGUGUAGAUGUUCAUAGCCCUUGGAGGGAACAAAGUACCGCUGUUCAUUGCAUUUGGUGCCACUGAUGGCUGGUCUCUGGAUCUAGGGAAAGGAGGUUGGCCGCUUUUGAUCCUCCUCUUCUUCUGCACCGGCGAUUGGGACCGGUGCCAAAGGCUGGAGCGUUCCCAAGACGCUCCAUGACGGUGCCUAGAGUCCUUGGCCGUGUCUUUCUUCAGCACCUGGUCUCUUGAAGAGGGCGCCGGCGCGCUUUGUGCUGAAGAUGAUGUGCUGGUGGUGGGAUCCCCGGCACUGGGGUCCAACUGCGGUCGAAAAGCUGCCUCCACGAAGAGGAUUUUAAGCUGCUGCUCUCUUUCUUUCAGGGUUUUUGGUCAGAAUUCCUGACAGAUUUUAGAGCAGUCUUUGUGGAGACUCUCGCCCAGACACUGUAAACAGGAGGUGUGGGAGUCACUUUUUGACAUGCACUUUGUGCAGUCCUUGCAGGUCUUGAAGCCUGGGGAUCGCGGCAUGCCCCAGAGGCAACAAAUAAAGGAGGGAAACAGGGGUGGGGUGGGGGGGGAACCCCCAUAAAUGAAACUUACAACUAACUAUACUAAACUACACCACACUAUCUGAAUAAACAAGGUGAGUACAACAGGAAUCGAACUGCUAGGUCACUUGCCGGAGCAAGAGCAAGGGAAGUUACAGUUACUGUGACUGGCAGUAAGAAGGAACUGAGGGGGUGGCGGGUCGGCAGGGCUCUAUGUUGGGUGCCAUGAAAGCGCGACGCCGGGGGCUCCCAGGCUGACCCUUCGGUUGCUGCUAGGGAAAAAUCUUCCAGCUACUGUGCAUGUGCAUGCACACACACCUGAUUGGAAUCUACAUGAACAAGCACUCUAAGAAGAAACCAUGGUUUCAAACAAAUGGUACUUGUCUCCUACCUCUUGGGCAAGGAGGGUUGUGGAGGCAACAUGCUUGCAAGCUUCCCAUGACAGAACAGCAACCCUUUUCGGCCCAUUAAGGAAUGUAACAGUUGGGUUACAUCCAUGCUUGUGCCUGUACCUUUCCUAAAGCACACAGAUUGCUCUCCCAUGAUGAUCAACAAUGUGACAUGACUAGCCCCUUUAAUCAUAGGAUCUUGGUAAGCCUCAAAAUACACCUGUAAGCCUAUACUGAGCCAGAAAGGAAGCAAUUUGUCCAACGGCACAUGGGAGUCAAUGGCAGAAUGGUUUCCCCAAUUCUUAUUAGUUUCCUCCUCAGACCAGAAAUCUUAAUUUUUAAAAAGGGGAUGGUUGGGUUGGUCAUCAGAGAUGCCAUAUACCUUUAUUGUGUUUU